AUGAAGUUUGUUCAAAAAUGGCUUCCAGUCUAUAUCAAGGCUUGGAUUCAGUUGAUAUGGUAUCAUAGAGACAUUUAUCCAAGGGAAACCUUUCAAUGGACAAAGUACCAUGCGUUUAAUCUACCAAACCAUAUACCUGUGAACAUUCAUCCUGAUCUACAACAGUAUCUAGAUGAUUUAUGUGAUGAUUUACUUGAUAAAAUUAAGCAGGUACAUUACCUAAACUUGUACAUAUGCGAAUGUGAUGAUGAGACUAAUAUUAUCGAGAGAUACUGCUUAGACUUCGGAGAUGUGAACCAUCUGGAUAAGAUGGAGGGUGUAAUAAAUCAAGAAGAUAUUGUAUUUGAUGAAUUUAGAUCUUCUCUAUAUUCACUUCUAGCUUACUUAGAGAAGCUUCCUUUACUAAGGCCUGGAAAAUAUACUUUUGAUAUUGUCAUCGAAACUGUUGAGAUGAGCUUGGGCCAUGUUUCGAAUGAAAAUAUGAAUCGUACAAAAGAAAGCAUUGCAGCACUGGAGAGAGAUUGGAAUUGGGUGAAAUAUAGGGACUCUUCCAAAGAUUUCAGUGGCGGUACUGAAACGCAGCAGCAAAGAGUUAAAAUGUACUCAUUGAAUGGAUGUGACUUGAAUUCUCUUGUAUUUCACCAAUUCGCGGAACGAGUUAUUGAAAACAAUCCUGACAUAUCAGCAUCGAUAGAAUGA